GUCAUCAGUUCCGGCAGAUAGUGGCCGAUCGAUAGCACCAUGCGAUUCGUAGAGUCCGGGUGGGGGAUAAUUAUCCUUCUUGCAGUGGAUUUCUCUUACUCCCGCAGUGAGUCUGUCAUUGACUGCUUGUCAAGUAGCGAUCGGGAUCGUUGCGCCGAAGAAUCGCUCUGCUCCAGUUUACUCGUAGGCGAGAUUUGCGAUGGCCAACUGGACUGUCCCAACGGAUCGGACGAAGACGCCACGUUAUGUAUGGACCCCAGGUGGAACACCAUUCCUUGUCACUACGACAACCAAAGGCGAUGUUCCGGGAAACGCCCCGGACAAUGUGUGAAUCCCGAUGACUUCUGUGACAACAUCUAUCAGUGCAGUGAUCGGAGCGAUGAGAACUUCUGCUUGCACUUCACCAAGCAAUUCAAUCAAGCAUUGCCUCUCUCUGACUCUGCCAGCGAGAGUGACCCUGAUGAAGCACUGGCAGAUGAUCAAGGAGACAACAAUAGCGAUGCCAAGACAUUUUGGAUCAUCGUGUUUCUCUUGUGUGCGAUCCCUCUGACUUGGCUUUUCAAAGGAUAUUUUCUGUCCAAGUUCGCGGUUUGGUUUGGCACCCGGAUCACGACAUCUCCAGAGUUAAGCUUGUCCAUGGUGAGCUUGCGGGAUGCUCCUGAUGCGGACAUUCUUCACAUGCUGGAAUUUAUCCACACCAUUCGCUCGCAUGUGAUCGGUGAUGAUCCUUGGGAACAGAUUGAGGAUCGAAUGUUGAAAAUCUUCCAACGUGUCCACGACACUUCCACGUGGGACCAAAACGCCAAGAUCAUCUUCGAUAUGGGACAUCUCUUGUUCGAGUCCGACAUGAAUUGGAUCGACGAGUUCCACGUGGCCAUGCACAAACUGGAACGUCUGAUCCACCAAAACGAUGAGCUGAAGGUGGAUCUAUGUCUAAAACAUGAUUUGGGCAAUCGCUACACGUACGAUCUGCUCUGGUCGACCGAGCCCCCUGGGAUCCGCAAGUUGCAGUGCCUUUGUCCGGAUUGGUUCCAUCGCAUGUGGCGAUCCAAGUGGUUCAAGACGGUUCUCAUAUUUCUGACCAUCACUAAAGAGGCGGUUUCUUACUAUCUGGACCUGAUCAAGGAUUGGGUGAUUUUCAUCGUGUUGUAUAACCAUGCUAGACCGGAACACUUCCUUGAGUUUGAAGCCCAGCUUUUGUUCCUUUUGGCUCUAUUCCUGGUGGUCCCCGAACUCAUCCAGGGUGGAUAUUUUGCUCACAACUACAAGAUCAUUUUGGGACUGAAGGCCUACAGCUUCAAAACCAUACCGGAAGUCAUCCUCAAAAUAUUGUUGAUACCUCUUUCGCCAUUCAUUCCGGCCAUUUUGCUCUUGGAGCGAGGAAAAAUUGCCUACCACAAUUUGAGGAUUCAAACCAUUCUCAUUGAGCGAAUGGAAAAGUAUCAGGAUGCAUUGCCUCCCAAGGAGAUUGACGGGUUCAAAUCCAAUUUUGAGCUUUACCAGAAAGCUCUGGAGGAUCGCGACGAGUUCUUUGCCAUCAUCGUGGAUGCCAAAAACCUCGAGGCCAGCACCGAGACCAUCUUCCAAUACAUCCUUCAAUUCAUGGUGCUACUCGUGGUGCGCUUGGCCUUGGGAACCAUAGUCACCGAUGGCAUUGAGAAGAUCUUCUUCUCUCAGGUGGGCAACUUGCUGUACGUCUCCUUGGUUUUCUCCUUCUUAUCACUGAUCAGCUCAAGAUCGGGGAUCGAGGCGUGGAAGAAACAGGGGUUCUUCCAAUCCAAAUCCAAGAUUCUCUUUGGAAUGAGCACGUUUUUAGCCUUACUGGGAAAAGUGUGGAGCAUCGUGUUUUAUUUCGCUCCCACGCUCGGAUUAUUCUACAUGGCCGUUCCAUGGUUCAAGGGACGCAUUCCUUUCGCCGAGGAUUUCAACAUAAGCAAUACUACCGUGUCCUCAAUUUGGGUGGCGACCGAUCCAACUUUGGGAGAGUUCACCCUCAUUAGCUUGAGCACCUACUACAUAUUCUACCUCAUUUUCGUGCCGUGGCAGUGUGUGCUGCUGUACAUGGUGAAGCAGUUCUUGGUGCCGGCUUUUCGGAAAUCCUCGGGACGCUCCAAGAAGCUCCUCCACAUUGUGAGUUGCUUGAAUUUCCCGUCCAUAUUCGAAGAUUGGGACGAAAAGUGCUCAGAAAAUGUCCAGGAGUAUGACGACCGAUGGAAGAAUGUUUGGUUUGAGCACCAGCUCAUGAUCUUCUUUCAUGGUGCAAUCAACGUGUUAAACUGUGUUCCAACGGUGUUUUGUUCCGUUCAGAUCCUUUGUCGACAUCAGUACCUAUUGCAAAGCUGGUUUCAGCCCACUCAAGAAGAGCACAGUGCCAUGAUCGUGGCUUGGAUCUUGGUGUUCUCGCCCAUUUACAUGCUAGUAUUAGCUUACCUACAAAGAAAAAUAAUCUUGGUGUACUAUAAGAGUGGGCAUCCUUGGUCCAGGAUCUUUGUCAAACUCCCCUCCAACCAAGCUCCAAUGGAAUCCAUGGAAGGAGAGAAUAUCCAUCCCACUGCCUCGACUGAACAAGGACUAACAGGAAUCAACGUUCAGUCAUAACGAAUUUUGUGGCCACCCUUCUUACUCCUUGUUAACCGCAUCAAAUCCCUUAAAAUCAUGUUGACUUUUUGUUAAGACUGCAACCCCUCGCUAUACCAUAAGAUAGCACUAAGCCCAUCAACAAACAAAACUUUACAAUAGUUCUGAUUGUUCCCAAUGAGCGAUACCCGUUUCAAAUUUCAUCCAGUUUUUUUUUCUUUUUUUGAGAUAGGUUUCAUAACAAUGAUUUCCAUACUUUGGCCUUGCUAUUUCAACUACAGAUGUAUCCAAUAAUGUCCAUACCUACAGUAUUUUUCAGAGCCAACCAUUUCGGGAACUAACGACUUUCACUUUUAUUGGGCGGGGCUGAGGCUCCAAAGAGCGGAGUUUUCCUCCAACAGUCUUCAUUUUCUCGCUCUUUUGGACAAAGACCAUUAUUGGUUCUCUUGUUCUGCCGUUUCCGUUAUUUCUCCCACUCGAAAUCUACGAUUGUCACCAGGGGUUAUUUGCCAUGUCGAUGGGAACGAGAGAUUUCAUACAGUCUUUGACGGAUUUCGGUUGCACGUUGCGUGUUUGAAUGGAGCUUAAGCGCUUUCCUUUGCAUAGCAUUAACCAAUGUUUGGCUUGGAAUUGACUGUUGCAAAAGCCCCAAUUGGCUAUCGAAUUGUCAUAUCCCAGAGGAGAUUAUUUCGGUAAUCCUUGUGAAGUGAAAUCAGAUCGAACAAAUGGAUGCACAAAAGGCUGGUACACUAAAAACAGUCUCAAUACCACUACUCGCCCUCAGGCCAAGUUCAGAAUUGGGAAAUGGUUGGAUAUCUCGAGGGCAUCUUAUAAUCUUGGCAUGUAUUCGACUCAUCGGGAUUUUUUGGUCAGUCCGGAUUAAAUUGAUGUUGCUUUGAAGAUCUAAUCUGAUAAUCCAUGCCGAUCUCAAACUAUUGUACUUAUUGUACCUUGCAGACAGAAACCCUUUGACGAGAAGGGAGAGAGAACGAGAGGUCGAGAUUGAUAUGCAAAUCAUCUUCUGCUUUGGGUUCGCUCAGGAUCAUCAGCUUUUGCUCCUCUUGUUGGGUUCCAACUAUUCAGCCAUGCCACGUUUGAAAGCAAAGCAAAUAACUCCGUUAGACAACGUUCCUGGUUAGUGGGAAGGCACGACUCUUUUCUGGUCGGUUUUACCUGUUCAUCCUUUUAAGGAAACCAGACCUUCUAAUGGCUACUUACUUUGAGUCUAACUGGCACUCGGGCGACGAGAAGAGGGAACAAUAAUUUCCGAGUGAUACAAUAAUGUCUUGGGAGGUUCCCUCGCUAACUCCUCGAGGGUCGUUUAUUUCUUAUUCAUGGGUAAGCAGAUUUGUAUCUGGGAAUAAUAAAUACUGUUUUCCGAA